AUGAGAAUCAGCAACUUGAUCGUUGCGGCCUCUGCCGCCACCAUGGUGUCCGCUCUCCCCAGCCGCCAGAUGAAGAAGCGUGACUCUGGCUUCAAGUGGGUUGGUACUAGCGAAUCCGGCGCUGAAUUCGGCACCGCUCUCCCCGGUACCCUGGGAACCGACUACACCUGGCCCGAGACCUCCAAGAUUCAGGUCCUGAGAAACAAGGGCAUGAACAUCUUCCGUAUCCCCUUCCUCAUGGAGCGUUUGACCCCCGAUGGCUUGACCGGCUCUUUCGCUUCGACCUACCUCUCUGACCUGAAGUCGACUGUCGAAUUCGUUACCAACAGCGGUGCCUACGCUGUCCUUGACCCCCACAACUACGGACGUUUUGAUGGAAGCAUCAUCGAAUCCACCUCCGACUUCAAGACCUGGUGGAAGAACGUCGCUACCGAAUUCGCCGACAACGACAAGGUCAUCUUCGAUACCAACAACGAGUACCAUGACAUGGAGCAGUCCCUGGUUCUGAACCUCAACCAGGCUGCUAUCAACGGUAUCCGUGCUGCUGGUGCCACCACUCAGUACAUCUUCGUCGAGGGUAACGCCUACACUGGUGCCUGGGACUGGACUACCUACAACGAUGACCUGUCUGGCCUGACUGACAGUGAGGACAAGAUCAUCUACGAGAUGCACCAGUACCUUGACUCCGACAGCUCCGGUACUUCGGAGACCUGUGUCAGCUCCACGAUCGGCAAGGAGCGCAUCGAGAAGGCUACCGAGUGGCUGAAGACCAACAACAAGCAGGGUAUCAUCGGUGAAUUCGCUGGUGGUGUCAACUCCGUCUGUGAGGAGGCUGUCGAGGGCAUGCUCGCGUACAUGUCCGAGAACUCCGACGUCUGGGUUGGUGCUUCCUGGUGGUCUGCCGGUCCCUGGUGGGGAACCUACAUGUACUCUCUGGAGCCCACCGACGGCACUGCCUACUCCACCUACCUGCCCAUCCUCGAGAAGUACUUCCCCAGCGGUGAUGCUUCCUCCUCCAGCUCUGCCUCUGCCUCCGUUGCCGCUGCUACCUCCGCUGUUUCCACCACCACCACUGCCGCUUUCGAGCAGACCACCACCCCCGCCACCCAGGUUGAGAUUGCCUCUUCCUCUUCUUCCUCAGCGGCCGUCGCCGCCAGCCAGACUACCCUCAGCAAGGUCAAGUCCAAGUCCAAGUCCCCUUGCAAGCUGUCCAGCGCCACCUCCAGCGCCGUCUCUAGCGCUGCCGCUGCCACCACUCCUGCCGCCGUUGCUACCACCCCUGUUGUCGUUGCCACCACCCCUGCCGCCGCUCCUACUUCUUCCAGCGUCGCUUUCGCCACCACCUCCGUUUACGUUCCCACCACCACUGCCGCUGUCCCCAGCCAGGUUAGCUCCAGCGCUGCUGCUAGCAGCAGCGGUGUCGUCGGUGUCAGCGACCCCCAGGGUCCCUCGGCUACCAACUCUGCUGGUGAGGUGAACCAGUACUACCAGUGCGGUGGUAUCAACUGGACCGGCCCUACCGUCUGUGCCAGCCCCUACACCUGCAAGGUCCAGAACGACUACUACUACCAGUGCGUUGCUGAGUAA